AUGGAAACAGUUACAACCGAUAUUAUCAGAAAUGGAACACAACAAGUUGUCAACGUUAUUAAUCAACAUACAUCAUCUCAUUCUAAACCAAUUAAAUCAUCAUUUGUAUUAAGUAAUCUUCCACCAGUAAAAUUCCAAGGAAAAAGGUCAACGUGUUGGGUUUUCAGCACUAUUUUCCAAUUGGAAUAUGCAUAUAAUAAAGAUUUAUCUAAUAAAUAUAUUUCAUUAAAUGAACAAGCCUAUGCUAUUGAUGCAGUUGAGGCUUGUAAGGCUGAUGAUUAUAAAGGAUGUCCAAAAAAGAGAUUUGAUUAUAGUACAAAUACAGGAUAUCCACAAUUUUUAUGGAGAUAUUCAUCUCUUUCUAAUAAAGUCCUUCCAGAAUCUAUUUGUGAAUAUCAAACAAAUAAAGAUAAUGAAUGGAAAUGUGACGGAAAAGAACAAGCACAAAAAACAAAUGCAUUAAAAUUUGAUGUUAAAUCAAUUGCUACUUUUAGAACAAUUGAAGAAUUAAAAGAAGCUGUCAAACAAGGACCAGUUUCUCUUGUAUUAGUUUUGGUUCAAGGACAAUAUAUUAUUCAAGUAGACAAUAAAGAUAAUAUUCUUGGUAAGAUUCCAGGUGCUGAAAUUAAAGAAUGUCCAGAAAAUUCAAAUCUUUGUGUUUAUAUUCCAUCUGAACGAAUUACUAAUGAUGGAGAAUAUAUUAUUCCUGAAAGAGCAAAUAAUAGAUAUGGAUAUCAUGUUGUUACUAUUGUUGGGUAUAAUGAUAAUUAUAUUACUAAAGAUAAUACUUGUGGAGCAUUUAUUAUUAGAGAUUCUACUGAUGAUACUCUUGUUUAUGGCAGUCAUUCAUAUCAAUACCUUAAAGGAGAACAUAGUGAAUGGGAUGAACGUACUCUUUGUGCUAAUGUUUAUAAUCCACUUGGAUGGGAUUCAUGUGUUUAUAUGAACCCAGGACCAACUGGAGAUUCUAAAGUUGUUAAAUAUGAUUUAAAAGCAACUUGUUUAAAUGAAAAAUAUAUCAAAGAGAAUGUAUUAAAUACAAGAAAACCAACUGAAUUUAAAUGUAUUAAUAGUGAUUUUUGUGAUACUACUAAACGAUAUUUCAUUUCAUCAACUUCUCGAUCUCAACAUUCUUCAUAUCUCUUUACUAUCACAUUCUUAGAAGUUAAUCCAAAUAAUACUGAUGAACAAAAAGAAAUUACGUUUACUGACUUCCCAUUAGAUUCUUAUAAUAAAUUCAUUCAACCAAUUGAUUCUCAAAUUGAAUUAAUUCAAACAAAUACCACAUUUUGUGGAUAUCGUUCUCUUCCUUAUAUCGUUCUUGAUAAAAUUUCUAUGGCUAAGACUCAAGACAGUUAUUAUGGAGUUCAAUUCAACAUUGAAUGGGACAAACAAUCAUAUCCUAACAAUGGUGAAUUUGAUUAUUCACAAAUACUUAAAAGUAUUCAUGAAUUCCCAGAAUAUAAAGGAUUCCUUGGACCAGAGCCAUACCAAGUACGAUAUGAAGAUUAA